AUGUCUGAUGCUAUUUUGCUUGAUGACAUCCAGCCGAUUGCCCGGUGUUCUUUCCAGGAUGGGAAGACCCAAGGCACAGCGACCGAGGAGCAAAUUGACUCUGUAUCACGAAGAGCUGGAUUAUUCACAGCCUACACCUAUGCCACUCGCUAUGAGAGAUGGGGCUUGGUUAUAUGCGUCUUUUGUGCGCUGGUUGCCGGUGCAGCGCUUCCUUUGGUGACGCUCAUUUUCGGAUCAUUCAUCGAUCACUUUAUGAGCGUCAAUUCAGAUGAAGCCGAGAGAAGUGACACGAUUGCACAAUCGGCCACGCAGCUGUCACUAUGGCUGGUUUACAUCGCUAUCGGAUCCCUUCUAUCGACUCUGUGUAGCACCUGGGGGUUCAAUCGCCUCGGCGAAAAGAUCACUGCGAGACUACAAUUAGAGUACCUCGACGCUGCUCUACAUCAGAAUCUGGAGUACCUCGAUGCUGUCGGGUCCGGCCAGCUGACGGCUGGCAUUGACACCGACAUAAGAGCGAUCCAGGAAGGAAUUUCGCAGAAAAUGGGCAUGCUUAUCUCCGGUUUCGCCGGCUUCAUCGUGGCCAUCAUUAUCGCCUUCUCACAGAACCCUCAGUUUGCGGGAAUCAUGCUAUCCCAGCCUCUAGCUCUAAUGCUUGUAGUAGGUGGGUUUGGAUCCUGGAUGAGCAGGACUCAACAGGAAGGGCAGGUGAACUGGGUAAAGGCAGACAGCCUCGCGCAAGAAGUGCUUGGUGCCAUGAGAGCUGUUCUUGCGUACCGAAGUCAGAAGAGAUACACGAACAAAUACCAGGAAAUCAUUCGAGGUCCUAUUCUGCUCGAGCGUCGCGAGCGUUUUAUUUUCGGUACCAUUGUUGCCGGAUCUUUCACCGUCCUUCAUUGGGCAAAUGGAUUAGGUAUUUGGCAAGCAAAUCGCCGGGUUCAUGAAUCGGCAUGUACCAUCGCCGAAGCCUUGACUAUCUUGUAUGCAAUGACGGUUGCCGGAGGAAUGCUUAGCCAGGCUCUCCCUUUUCUACCCGCUAUCAUUCAAGCUCAUGGCGCAGUCAGUCGAGUUCUUUCGGUCAUUGAUCGUACAUCACCCUCAAACUCUGCAUGUUCUGCAGGUCGCACCAUCAAGUCCUUCCGCGGAUGGAUUGAAUUUCAGAAUGUGAACUUCGCAUAUCCGUCCCAACCGAAUCGAACGAUAUUAGACUGCCUUACUUUCAACGUUUUGCCAGGUCAGACAGUGGCAUUCGUUGGUGCUUCAGGAUCUGGGAAGUCAACGGUGCUCUGUCUUCUGGAGCGAUUGUAUCUACCAUCCAACGGGCGCAUAACGGUAGAUCAUGAACCCAUCGAAGAGCUCAGCAUCUCGUGGUUGAGGUCCCAGAUAGGAUACGUCGAUCAGGAUGUGGGUCUCUUUCGAGCGUCAAUUCACGACAACAUAGCCUACGGUCUCCAUGUUUCUUUGAAACAGAGCCUAACAGCAGCAGAUAUCAGGCAGCGGGUUGUUGAAGCAGCCAAGAUUGCUCAGAUACACUCCUUCAUUUCCGACCUGCCUGAUAGCUACGAUACAGCACUAGGCUUCGGCGGGUCCGGUCUGUCCGGAGGCCAAAGGCAGCGAAUCGCUAUCGCUCGGGCGAUCGUGUCCCAGCCCCCGAUUCUGCUUCUCGAUGAAGCCACCGCCGCCCUAGACAGCAAGAGUGAAAUGGAGGUCCAGAAGGCACUAGAUGCAGCGAUGACGGGGAGAACGACAAUUGUGAUUGCACAUCGACUGUCCACAAUCCAGCAUGCCGACAAGAUUAUCGUCAUGCACAAUGGACAGAUCAGGGCUCAAGGCUCACACGCAGAACUGAUGCGCACAUGCGACAUUUACCAAGCUUUAGUCAGGCAACAGAGGACGAAGACGGAACCUCCAGCUCAGGAAGCAUUGCAAUAUGAGAGAAACUCGUUUUCAGCGGAUGUGUCGACUGAAGACGGGAGGGACAUUACAAAAUUGGGUACAAUCAUCCAUAAGCCAAACAAUGGCUCUGCAUCUACCCAGGUCCCUCGGGGUAGCUUUGGAUUUGUUUGGAAGCUCAAUGAGCCAGAACUGCUUUAUCUUGUAGCUGGCGGUUUUCUUAGUAUCCUUGCAGGCAUGAGCUAUCCCCUUCACGCGAUCUUCUUCGGGAAUGGAAUUGUUUCUAUCAUUGACCCUGAGCUAAGUACGGGUGAUCACCCCGCCCGGUUCUGGGCUCUGAUGUACCUUAUCCAUGGUGCUGUUGUCUUUGCGAUAUACUGUGGCCGGGGAUACUGUUUCGCAGCUUCUGCAUCCAUGCUUCACAUGCGAGCCCGCGCUUCCCUAUUCGAAUCCCUCCUCUCAAAGGGGUUCCCGUUCUUCGAUGACGAGGCUCAUUCAACCGGAUCCCUUCUCAGUGUUCUUUCUUCCGACGCUCAGAAGAUCAUCGGCAUCUCAGGGACAUCCCUUGGUUUGACUGCUGAGAGCGUGUUCAUGCUCGUCACUGGGGUCACUGUCGGGUGUGCCUUUGGCUGGAAGCUGGGAUUGGCCUCGACAGCGAUAAUCCCGUUCAUCGCCGCGUCGGGAUUUCUGCAGUAUUUCAUUGUGAUGCAUGUGCAAAGAUACAUCAGACGGAACUCCGAUGCAGUUGCAGUCGCACAUGAGGCGUUUACCGCAGUCCGAACCGUGACCGUCCUCGGGCUGCAGAGCACCAUCAGCGCGGCAUUUGCCGCCCAGAUCCAGCAGGACGUUCGAGAGAGAUACUGGAUCUUGACCGGCGUAGCCUAUGCAUGCGGGACGUUCUUUCGUGUGUUGGGCAUUGCUUUUGUCUUCUGGUAUGGAGGAGUCCAUCUCAUUGCCACAGGAGAGUACUCUCUUCAGCAGUUCUAUGUCUGCUUCGCGGCUAUUGUGUGGGGAUCCCAGGCGGCGUCGACUCUCUUUGCGCAUGCGCCGGACAUCGCAGGCGCGCAGAUGGCUGCUUCUCGGAUGCAAAGUCUUAUGCAUGGGUCAAGCUUUGUUCAAUCAGAAGGUGCUGUGCCGACCCCAAGCACUGUCAAGGAUGUCGCACUGCGGAAAGUCCACUUCAGGUAUCCCACCCGCCCUUCUGCGUCCUGGACUCUGAAUAGUAUUAGUCUGAAUGCGCGCGCUGGACACUUCAUCGGUCUGGUUGGAGCAACUGGAAGCGGGAAAAGCUCUGUGAUCAACCUCCUUGAGCGCUUUUAUUCUAUUGGCUCUGGUAGUAUUACGCUUAAUGGGGCGUCGAUCGACGAGUACGAUCUUGAGUCAUACUAUCAUUACUUCGCCCUCGUCGACCAGAACCCGUGCCUUGUGGGCGAAGAUAUCCGGGAGGCUCUUCAUAGUGAUAACAGAGUCAUCCCUGAUGAGCAGCUUCUUGCUGUUCUAGCCAAGGUGGGGCUGGAAGAGUUCGUUUUGUCCCUUCCUCAAGGACUCGGAACACCCAUCAUAGCAAACGGAUCCAACCUCUCAGGUGGUCAACGUCAACGGAUGGCCAUUGCAAAAGCCCUGCUAUGGAAGCCGAAAAUACUACUCCUAGACGAAGCAACUUCAGCAUUAGAUGCGUCCUCAGAGUAUCAAGUACAACAGGCCCUACGCGAGGCAAUGGCCGGUCGGACAACCAUCGCUGUGGCUCAUCGCUUGAAGACGAUCAUGCACGCAGAUGAGAUUUUGGUCUUCCAAAAUGGGCGAAUUAUCGAAAGGGGGACGCAUCGGAAACUCAUGGAGAGGCGGGGCAAGUACUGGGAAUUGGCGCAGUUGCAGGAGUUGGAGGGGUGAUCC